AUGAAUAACCGUGAGAAUCAUGCACAAAGAAUAAAUUAUGAUACCACAAGUUUGACUGAUUUGGGACGCGAAGAAGCGAAUGGAUCGGGUAGCAUUGAUCUUGGAGAACAGGACGCUUCUGGUAAAUUACUAUCUCUGGAGAUCAAUCGUAAACUUGAGCAAAUCAGACUUCGAUACGAGAUACCAACUGAUAAAUGUUAUCGUCUUCGUGCGCUGAAAGACUAUGAGAUAAUCGUUAUCGGCGAUGAUUCGGGAUCUAUGAAUACAACUGUUGAUAAUACUAAUGUAACUCGAUGGGAUGAACUUCGCAACCUAUUGAAGAUCAUCAUCGAAUUCGGAACAAUAUUUGAUCCGAGCGGUUUUGCAUUGUCGUUUCAAUUCUCUUUCGGAGUGAACACAUUUUUUCAUUUUACCACACAUCGAACAAAUCUCAAAGAACGAAUGGGUAACUGCUGCAGCGGAUUACAAAAAGAUGGCAAAAAUGGACCUCCACCACCUGAUCGCCAAUCAGGCCCGCCACCACCACCAGUACGCGGAAGAGAUGAUGACAAUAGAGGAGGUGAUCCUCGUGGAGGUGGUCCAGGUCCUGCAGGCAGACAAAAAAAAUAA